AAAGAUAUCGAAAGUGAUCCUUUAUAUUAAUAGUGAAUAAAUUAAUAAUUGAAUUCGAAAUAAAAAAAUGAUUGGAAACUAUUAUUAAUAUAAUAAUUCAUCUUCAGACUUUCCGCCAAGGCAUAAGUGUGUAAGUGUAAGUUUAACUAUUAGUUACUAUUAUUAACCAAGUUAUCAAUUGAUAAUCACUAGGUAAUUAUCACCUUUCCAUUUGGAUCUCACUGGGCCUCAGUUGAUAUUUUUUGCUUCGUUCAAUUAAAUUUUCACUUAUCUUAUUUCAUUUAAAGAAAAUCAAUUUAACUUCUUGUGCCAAGAAAUUUAAUCAUGAGUUGUUCAAAGCCCGUUGAUUCACCGAUAGAUAAGUUGACGAUUAUUGAUAAAAAAAAUAAUCAAUCUUUUAAAGUACCAAAGGAUAUUGCUUGUUCUAAAAGCAAUUAUUUUCAAGGAGCGUGUGAGAAUACUAAAUCUGAUGAUUUGGAAAUACUAUUAGAUAUCGAUGCAGUUGCUUUUCAAGUUGUGAUGGAUUAUUUGGUUAGAGAUCGAGUGUCAAUCGACUUUCAUUCCGUUUUGCCAACAACGGUAGCUGCUGAUUAUCUGCAGAUAGAUGAUCUUUUGAACAAGUGUCGUGAUUUUUUCUUGAAAAAUUUCACAAUCAAUCAGUUACCCAUUGUUAUUGAUUCUCUUCAUGUUACAGUGCCUUUGAUUUUUAUAAACAAACAGAAAGUUGAUUGUUUCAUCAAACGACACUUUCUUAAAAUUGCAAAUACGCCAUCUUUUCUCCUCUUUCCACUCAAGACUAUUGAAUAUAUUUUGGAACUGGAUGUUAUUGUUGAUUCAGAAUUUCGCAUAUUCGAAGCGAUUCUACGAUGGAUUGAACACGAUAAUGAACGAAAAACGUAUUUGUCGGAUUUGUCCAAGUUUAUUCGCUGGUCACAUUUGAGUGAAUUGGAGAGGAACAUGAUAAAAGCUAAUUCUUUGGUUAUGGAAAUGUCCGCUGAGUUCGAAGUAUCAAUGAAUGCGGUAUUGGAGAAAAAAAAUAAUUACAGGAUUAGUUCAAAGUCAAUUGUCGAAAUUUAUGAGAUGAAUGAUAAAAUUAAAGUUUUUUUCCACCUAAAUGAGGGAAAUGUACCUUUAGCUGAAUUUGAUCUAUGCAAUGAGAUCUCUGACAAUGUUUUCACCAAUGAGUAUACUACCGAUAUUAUUUUCGAUUCGGGAAGAAAAGGAAUUCGAUUGGAUUGUGAAAAUAAAAAAUACAAGUAUCUUAAUAUGUUCGGUAAAAUGGAUUCUUAUUAUGGUCAAGUAGCGAACUACAUAAUGGACUAUCCUACUAACGGCAAAAGGUAUGAUAACAGCCUAUUAAUACUAAAUGCAAGCUUUUUCACUAAAAUUAAUACUUUUAAUUUUUAUUUAAAAUUUUUAUUUAUUUAUAUUUUUACAUUCAGUGAUGUUUAUACCAAGCAUAUAAGCGAAAAUUAUUUCCAUGCUGUUACCUUCACCUUGGAUGAUGGUGUUUUGAGCAGUGUUGCUUACGAAAUCGUUAAAAACAAAAAAGUAUUCAAUGAUCAAGUCAAUCCUUCAGAAUACCAUGUUUGUGUAAUCCAGGAUAUAGUUUAUCUACUCAACAAGUCGUUUACUAUGUUCCAAUUCAAUCUGAAUGAUAAAACCUGGAAAGAAAUCAAAUUUAUUGAUGAAGAAGGUUUGGACUUCAAACGCUUGGAACUUCUCAAUUACAAUGAUAAACUCUGCGUUUGUGAUAAAUCCUCUAAGAAAGUUUAUGAAUAUCAAACUUUCGGGGAAAAUUGGUGCUGUGUAAAGAAAAUUGGGUUGGAAGAUGGCACUCUCACCUUGUGUUUUUAUGUCGAUGGUGAAAUAUUUCUCGAAGAUGCUUAUGAAGGAGGACAAUCGAUUCGCUUAAUCAAUUGGAACGAGCCAUUAAUUAAAUGUUAUUUCAGUUUGCGAACUGGAUUAGAAUUACCCAUUGUUAUUGAUUCUCUUCAUGUUACAGUGCCUUUGAUUUUUAUAAACAAAAAGAAAGUUGAUUGUUUCAUCGAAAGACACUUUCUUAAAAUUGCAAAUACGCCAUCUUUUCUCCUCUUUCCACUCAAAACUAUUGAAUAUAUUUUGGAACUGGAUGUUAUUGUCGAUUCCGAAUUUCGCAUAUUCGAAGCAAUUAUACGAUGGAUUGAACACGAUAAUAAUCGAAAAUCGCAUUUAUCAGAUUUGUCCAAGUUUAUUCGCUGGUCACAUUUGAGUGAAUUGGAGAGGAACAUGGUGAAAACUAACUCUUUGGUUAUGGAAAUGUCCGUACAGUUCGAAGUAUUAAUAAAUGCGGUAUUGGAGAAAGAAAGUGAUAAUAGAGUUAAUUCAAAGUCACUUGUCGAAAUUUAUGAGAUGAAUGACACAAUUAAAGUUUUUAUCUACCCAAAUGAGAAUAAAGGCCCUUUGGCUGAAUUUGCUCUAUGCAAUGAGAUCUCUGACAAUGUUUUCACCAAUGAGUAUACUAUCGAUAUUAUUUACGAUUCGGGAAGAAAAGGAAUUCGAUUGGAUUGUGAAAAUAAAAAAUAUAAGUAUCUUAAUAUUUGGUGAUAUAGAUUCUUAUUAUGGUCAAAUAGCGAACUACACAAUGGACUAUCCUA